AUGGGUCGCGCGAACCCCAACUCGAAGCUGCUGAACAUGGCAUUGUCCGGCAAAGUCGGACAGAUGGAUUUCUACCUCCGCGACGGAAAUUUUUCGACGAGCGCGGUCAACACGCUCCAUGAGCCGACGGACUGGUUCAACGAGCACUUUCCGCAGAUAAGCUGGCAGCGGGAGACGGUGAAAGUCCAGACGAUGCCUUUGGAUUCCCUGGCCUUCUAUGAUGUGCAUGCUGUGGAUUUCCUCGAGCUGGAUGUGCAGUGCCAUGAGUACAACGUGCUGCAGGCCUCUAUCAAGAUCCUGCCGACCAUCACGAUCAUGCAGAUCGAGGCAUGCCUGCCCCCUGGCAUGUGCAAGGGUACGGCGCUCUACGAGGACAUCCGAAGUCUGCUCACGCAACGGGGCUUCUCGUUGCUGGCCACGGAUGCAAAGCCAGACUCCCUGCUGCAUCCCCAGGAUCGCUGCUUCGAUGCCCUCUUCGUGAACCUGACCAAGGAACCCACAGGAGCCUUGGCUGCGCUUGACGUGGCACGAGGCCUGGACGCCAGGUGA